AUGGAAUUAUUAAUAUCGGAAAUACAAAAGAGAAAUGUGUUGUGGAAUAAGUGGAACAAAAAGUAUAGGGAUAGAUUAAUUUCCGACAGAGAAUGGGACGAAGUUGCAAAAAAUACAAAAAUGGAUAAGGAAGAGGCAAAAAAAAAGUGGAGAAAUUUACGAGAUACUUUCUUAAGAGAGAAAAAAAAAGUUAAGAAAUGCCGCUCUGGAGAUCCACAAGAAGGAGCUGAAAUAUAUACUGGGAAAUGGUCUUAUUAUAAUUUGUUGCUUUUUUUAAAAGAUACCACAACUCCAAGGGUUUCUGAUGGAAAUAUUACGGAUGAGGAAGAUACAGAAAACGCAAAAAAUUAUGAAGAUAAUCAUAUUAUUGAUCAGAUAAAUAAUGAUGACUCUUAUAUUACAGAUACGGGAGUAUCAAAUCCUUAUACGAUAGAUAUUGUAAAUAAUUAUGUAUCAACACCAGAAAUUGAAACAGAGAUUAGUCAAAGUACUCAAUUUAUACACACACAUGAAACAAGUACACCAUCAACACCAGUAACAAACCAGUCUAGUGAUUCAGAGCGUUUACUAUCUCGAAAAAAAAAGAAACCAAAAGUAGACGAUGAUAAGUAUUUGGAAAAUUUAUUAAAAAUUGAAAGUCAAAAAGUCGCAUUGUUGCAACAGUCUACCAAUGUAACUGCUCCAGAAAUUGAUGAAGAUAUGCUUUUUUUCCAAUCUCUUUUACCAUAUUUCAAAAAAAUGGAUUCCAUUCAAAAGCUUCGAGUGAGAAAUCAAUUCCAAAAUAUUUUAAUAAAUGAGUUGUCGCAAAAUCAAGAAUCAUCAUUAAAUGUCGCAUUAUCUUACUUGCCCUAA